AGGGUAAUAAAUAGAUAAUUUAGAAGAAAAAAAACUCAUUUUGAUUUUGCAGUUUUCUUUAAAUCAUAACUGGUCUGUACUCUGGAGUGCUCUUUCUUCCGUUGUUGGAUAAAAUGCAGGUAUCAAUUGCGUGCAGUCCUCGUGUAAUUCCAGGACCACACAAUCCAACAACCGUUCCCCUCAAACCCCACCACUUUACUUCAACAAUUCGAGCCAAAUCAGCUUCUGGGAUCACACUCAGAUGCAAUUCCCAACCUCAACCACUGUUUAACCUUUGCACAUCAAAAUCACCGAGAAUCCGUGGUUCCAGCGUGGGUCCACUUGGGUGCGGCAUUUCGUCGAACAGGUACGGUGCAAAUGAAGGUAGGAGUGUUGGGGAGUGGCUUGUGGUGGCUGGUGAGGUCCUUUCAGCGGCGUUUCCACUGUGGGUCUCAAUUGGGUGCGUUUUGGGGCUGAUGAAACCCAAUUGCUUCAAUUGGGUCACUCCCAAAUUGAGUAUUACGGGUCUCAACAUCAUCAUGCUUGGUAUGGGUAUGACUCUCAGUCUUGAUGAUCUUCGUGGGGUUCUUGCCAUGCCUAAGCAAGUCCUCUCUGCUUUUGUUCUUCAGUAUUCGGUGAUGCCACUAUCUGGAUUUCUUAUAAGCAAACUCUUAAAUCUUCCAUCACAUUCUGCAGCAGGUUUAAUAUUACUUGGGUGCUGUCCAGGGGGCACAGCUAGUAACAUUAUAACAUAUCUUGCACGUGCAAAUGUCGCGCUUUCUGUGAUAAUGACUACUACAAGCACCCUAACUGCGAUGAUCAUGACUCCAUUUUUGACAGCCAAACUUGCUGGCAAAUAUGUAGCGGUGGAUGCAAUUGGCUUAUUGAUUUCAACAUUGCAAGUUGUGCUUUUUCCUGUGUUGGCUGGUGCAUUGCUGAAUCAGUUUUUCCAACCUAUUGUUAAAUUUUUGUCUCCAUUGAUGCCACCUAUUGCUGUAACAACUGUGGCAAUUUUAUGUGGAAACGCUAUGGCGCAGAGUUCUUCAGCAAUCCUUGUGUCUGGUGGACAAGUGAUUUUAGCCACUGUUCUUCUCCAAGCUUCGGGGUUUUUCUUUGGCUACGUAUUUGCAAGAAUGCUAGGGCUAGAUGUGUCAUCAUCAAGAACCAUAUCCUCUCAGGUUGGCACCAAGAACUGUGUUCUGGACAUUGUUCUGGCUACGAAGCACUUUGGAGAUCCCCUAACUGCAGUACCUGGUGCUAUUGCAAUUGUGGGUCAGUCAAUCAUGGGUAGUAUCCUUGCAGGAAUUUGGAGACGCUCUGUGCCUAAAAUAUCUAGAAACUAGAAACCAUACUGAGUAAUCUGAAUCUGGUUGCCAUUAUUUAUAUCAGACUUUUCGUUAUAUUUAGUUUCCAUAAUUUUAAAUUAUACGUUUAUGA